AUGCCUUCUACGCCUCCUCCUCCUCUUCAUCAGGACCCCCAGGGUACAACAAUGCCAGAAACACAAAGGCCACCACUAACCCCCGAAGCAAAACGACGAAUAGAAACCAACCGCCUUAAAGCCAAAGCCAUCCGAGAAGACCGUCUCGCCGCCGAAAAAGCCGCCGCGGAAAAAGCACCACCGCCCCCCACAAUACCCCGUAGUACUCGCAGCACUACUGCCCAAAAGCGCUCCUACGCCGAGAGCUCUAAUGUCCGUGACACCGCCACAGGCGCCACAACAGGCCCUGACGCCAUCAAGCCUGCCCGCAAGUUCGCCCGCCGCGACUACAUCGACUAUGACUUCUCGCGGAUGACCGACACCAAGGGUGGAUUUCUGAGUACCGAAGACGACCCACACUCUGCCCUCGCCGCUCUCGAUCUCCAAAAUAAGCCCGCACAUAUGACGCUCGAGCAGUGGUCGGCGCACCAGCUGCGCGCCAAACUGCAGAAGGAGAAGGCGGGCGCGUAUGAGCCCGCCAUUAGCUCGCUGCAGAACAGCGAGGAGGUGCAGAAGUGCUAUGAGUGCGAGAGUCCGGAGAUCGAUUGGAAGUGGCUGGAGGUUUUCGGGUGCCGUGUGUCGAGGGAGGACUAUCUUCUCACGGAUCCAGAGCUACGGGAUGAAGAGUUGCUGCCGCAUUUAGAGAAGCCAAAUCCGCAUAGGAGUACGUGGAAUAACAUGAUGCUGUAUUUACGAUACCAGGUUGAGGCGCAUGCGAUCAAGAAGUGGGGUGGGUUGGAGGCCCUGGAUAAGGAAUUCGAGAAGAGAACUGAGGAAAGGAAGAAGAGGAAGGAUGAUAAGUUUAGGGGUAAGCUUAGAGAGCUGAAAAAGAAGACUAGGGUCGAAAGUUGGCGCAAGAAUGCGGGAUCGAAGCAUGAGCAUGUGUGGGGUACUGCGGUGACGAAACCCAGUGGUGAGGAAAUACGCACAUGUGAAGAGUGCGGGUUCGAAGUGGAGGAGUUAGUCUUUUAG